GUCUCUCUUCUCCUUUCUGCUUCCUCCUCCUGGGAGUCAGUGGAUCUUCUCGUUCUGUUCACUUAGAAUUCCAGACUCAGUUUUCUAGCGUCAGAUUUCCUGAAUCCGUUUUCCUGACUCUAUUCUACUUUGAUCUACUUUCCAGGAUCCACAUUCUACAGCUGUCUUAAAGCUGUUUUCUGGAUUUGUUCUUUUUUUUUUCACUGAUUUCCAGUAUUUGUUUCCUGAAUCAUUUUUUUUCCAGAAUCCGUUUUCCUAACUCCGUUUUUCCAGUAUUCCUUCCCGGAUCAUUCCCGGGACUCUUCCCUGCUGUUGCUGAUGGUUUUCCUGAAGCCGUUCUAAUCUCGUUGCAGUCUUUAACUCCUUCAUGUCCUUAGAGUCUUGUUUGGAUUUGGCUUUUUAAAAUAAAAGCCCUGCUGUUGUUCAUGGCAGGUCUUUUACUCUGAAAAGAACAGGAAGUGGCGGUUUCGAGGGAGGAGCCACUUCAGCUGCAGAUGAUUCAAUUGAGUUUUAUGUAUUUAUUUGGCCCAAUAUCACAAACAAUUGUCUGGCAACGCUGAUGAGCUCUCUCUGCUGGCCCCGCCCCUUUGCAGCGGUCAUGUCUCUGACGGAGCAGACGUCGGACUCGGCGCCGCUCUUCUCCUCCGACAGCGAGGCGGACGGUCCGGAUGAGCGUUCCAGACCGGCGACAGAGCCGGAGGCGCCGGCCAGCGGCGUGUCGGCGAUGCGGGCGCGGCUCACCGUCUUCAUCCUCUGCUACAUCAACCUGCUGAACUACAUGGACCGCUUCACCGUGGCGGGUGUCCUUCCCGAAAUCGAGAACUUCUUCGGGAUCGACGAUGGAAAGUCGGGUUUGCUGCAAACAGUUUUCAUCUGCAGCUACAUGUUCCUGGCGCCCUGCUUCGGGUACCUGGGCGACAGGUACAACAGGAAGUACCUCAUGAGCGUCGGGAUCUGCUUCUGGUCCGUGGUGACGCUCGCCAGCUCCUACACCCCCAAGGAGCAUUUCUGGGCCCUGCUGCUGACCCGCGGGCUGGUGGGGGUCGGGGAGGCCAGCUACUCCACCAUCGCCCCCACCAUCAUCGCUGACCUGUACGUGAAGGAGAAGAGGACCAACAUGCUGUCCUUGUUUUACUUCGCCAUCCCGGUGGGCAGCGGUCUGGGCUACAUCGUGGGUUCUCAGGUCAGCAGUGCGGUGAAGAACUGGCACUGGGCUCUGCGGGUGACGCCGGGGCUGGGGGGCGUGGCCGUGCUGCUGCUGCUGUUCGUGGUCCAGGAGCCGAAGCGAGGAGCGGUGGAGGCGCGAGCCGAGGAGCAGCUGCACCGGACCGGCUGGCUGACGGACCUGCGGGCCCUCCUCAGGAACCGCAGUUUCGUGCUGUCCACGUUCGGCUUCACGGCGGUGGCGUUCGUGACGGGCUCGCUGGCGCUCUGGGCCCCCACCUUCCUGUUCAGAGCGGCCGUCUUCACGGGGGAGAAGGCGCCCUGCUCCGAGGCGCACUGCUCCUCCUCGGAUAGUCUCAUCUUUGGGAUCAUCACGUGUGUCACUGGCGUGCUGGGCGUGGCCAGCGGUGUGCAGGUGAGCCGGCUGCUGAGGACCAAGACGGCCCGCGCCGACCCUCUGGUCUGCGCCUCUGGUCUGCUGCUGUCGGCGCCGUUCCUCUACCUCGCCAUCGUCUUUGCUCAGUCCAGCACCAUCGCCACUUAUGUCUUCAUCUUCUUCGGGGAAACCUUCCUCUCCAUGAACUGGGCCAUCGUGGCCGACAUUCUGCUGUACGUGGUCGUCCCGACACGCCGCUCCACGGCCGAGGCGCUGCAGAUCGUCAUCUCACACCUGCUGGGAGACGCAGGAAGUCCGUACCUGAUAGGAGUGGUGUCGGACUCCAUGCGGAGGACGGACUCCUUCCUCUGGCAGUUCCGCUCCCUGCAGCUCUCCUUGUUGCUAUGCUCCUUCGUGGCGGUGGUGGGCGGAGCCUUCUUCCUGGCCACAGCCCUCUUCAUCGAAGAAGAUCGUAACCGAGCGGAGAACUACGCCCCCACAGAUGACGGGCCCAUCGUGGUGCCGAAGAGCGGCCGCUCCACCCGCGUGCCGGUGUCCAGCGUCCUGAUCUGACCCUGGAGUCGUCACCGUGGAAACGACAACGCUAACUUUUUACGGGUUUUAUGAACUUUUCCUCGCCUCUGGGCGCCGUUUGUCUGCGGCCUGCAGGCGGCGCUUUGGCCAGAGACGGAGCUGAUCUGUGAUCAGGAGGGAGGCGGAGCUUCCGCUGUACCUGCAGGAGUUUGUAGUGAAGGUGUUUGAACCCUCGGACGUUUUCAUCAACGCUUUCAUUCAGCAGCAGUUUUCUGUAGAACUUCAGGACCGCUGGACUCCUCCGGUCCUGAACCGCUGGACUCUUCCGGUCCGGGACCGCUGGACUCCUCCGGUCCGGGACCGCUGGACCCCUCCGGUCCGGGACCGCUGGACUCCUCCGGUCCAGAACCGCUGGACUCUUCCGGUCCGGAACCGCUGGACUCCUCCGGUCCAGAACGCCGUCAAUAAUCCAGAUAAUAAUUCUGAAGCGGUCCUAAACCUCAGUUAAUCUCAUUCCUGAAGGUUCUGGAUGCAGAACUUCAGGAAGUGUUGUGUUUUUAAAAACAUUGUUUUAUUUCAUUUAAUAAGUUCUUUAUCUUUUUAAAACAAUAAAAAAUGUUUGUAAUCUAA